AUGGCCUACUCCAUAUAUGCUAUUCUAACCUUACUUUUCCUACUUGGUCGAGAAGUUGAGACCAAACCUCUGGCGCAGUUAUUUGAAAAUCUCAUGAAGAAACAUACGGAAAUAAAAAAUCAACAACUCAUGCAAUUCAUCUCGAAAGCCGUACCGUACGGAAUCGACCCACCCAAUCCGAAAAUUGCAGAGUUCUUCAACGACGAGGUCGCAGCGGAAUCUAGGCAAAAGCGUCGAGAGGAGAGUAUCCCUACCGAUGAGCCGAUCUCUCAACGAUGGCUAUUUGCCCUUGAUCUCAUGACCAAGCCGUCCUGUGUUUGGAUGGAUAUUAAUGCAAUGUUGACUUUUGUACAUAGUGACUUGAAUGAAUUUCAUUCCAAACAUUUUAUUGUUAUUUGUCCACUACGUGGUAAAAGGCUUGCUUUUAAUUUUGGGGGAGGGGAGGGGAAAGCGAAACGAAUAGGAAUGGCGAAGCAACGAGAAGAACCUGGUUGUAUUCAUAUUGUUAUUUGCCAUUUGCCAUCUAUUUGA